AUGGUAUUUUUGCUUUUCGAAACUUGUCGUAUUGGUUUUUAUCUCGUAUACAACGAAGGUUAUGCAGCAAAAAAUAUUCUUCUAUUUGUUUGGGGUGAAAGAGAAACUGGUAUGAGAUGUUGGACUGAUGAAUUAGAAUCAUCUAGUUCUCGUGAUAAUAAUAAUAACUCUCGCGAUUUAUCAAGCAAAGACAUUGAUUCAAGUGAACCUUAUCUUAUCAUUCUUCCUCGACUGUCAAAAAAGUUAUAUCAGCUGAAUAAUGUAGAUACAAGCGUAAUGGUUUGGUAA